AUGAACAAUGAAAAAAUUAAUUUUGAAUAUGAAGCCAGUACGAUGAAUGAUGAAACGGAUCGGAACAGCGAUGACCUUGGUUCAGUUGUUGAAGAAGGCGAAUGGAACGAGGAAAAUGAAUGUACUGUCAUUAGAACAUGUCCGUUCUGUAUGAAAAAUUUCGUGAUGAGCAUGAUGGCAUUUCAUGUGAGAAGUUGUUUGCAAUUAUGGGAUUCUCUUCAUGCAAAUAACGCAUCCAAUGAGAAAAAGAGAAGUUUAGAGAAUAAUGAUUCAUCCUCGAAUACUUAUUUAAACAGAAUCCAUCCCUUUCAUCCCAUGCAAACGACCCAAGUCGAUCAUGCAUGUAAGAAACAGAAGAACGUGCAUCAGACAACACCAACUAGUAGAAAACUGUCCAAUGACAUUUUAUUCUAUGUUGCACAGUUUUUAGAACCCGAAUUCGUUAUUGGUGUUUGUAUGAGAGUUUCAAAAGAAUGGUAUGAUGUGAUGUCCAGAGUACCUUUAUCUCUAAGUUUUGACAAUAGAACCAUUCAAAGAUUGAAAUCUAUUCAUUCGUCAAGCAUUAUCGUUACAGAUUUGGACUUGUCCUAUGUCCCAGUGGACAGGGAGCACAUUCAAAUAAUUGCAAAUCAAAGUGUUAUGAAAAAUUUAACCAAGCUAAAUUUAUGUUGCACCAAAAUCAAUACACUCUUCCUAACAACGAUAAUAUCAAGUGACAAUUUAAAAAAUUUGAGAAUUUUGAAUUUAAGCGGAAACAAACUUGAAGGAGAGGCUAUUGAAAUAAUUGCAAACAACGAAUUAGUAAGCAAUUUACAAGAAUUAUUAGCAGGAUCCAAUUCAAUCGGAUCCCUUGGAGCUCAGGCCAUUUCAGAAAGCAAUUGUAUGAAGCAUCUCACCUCUUUACACUUGAAUAAUGCAUCCAUUGACGAAAAGGGAGUUGAGUAUUUAACUGACAGUGAAUAUAUGAAAAACCUAACAAAAUUGGACCUGAGUGAAAAUGCAUGCAAAGAUGAAGCAGUGGCCCUAAUAUCAGAGAGCCCAUUUAUGAGCAACCUUCAAACCUUAAUAUUGAAAAAUAAUAAGAUUACUAAGGAAGGAGCAGAGAUGAUAUCUGAGAGCAGUUUCUUAACUAAAUUGACAGAAUUAAACUUGUCAAGCAAUUGGAUUGGAGAUGAAGGACUGAUGGCACUUGUAUCCAGCGAUAACAUGAAUAACAUACGAACUCUUAUUUUGACCAAUACCAACAUUAGCUGCAAAGGCAUUAAAGCUCUUAUUGAUCCUGAGACCAGCAUGAGGAAUAUAACGGCCUUAAAUUUAGGAACCAACAAUAUUGGCAAUGACGGGGUUCUGUCAAUUGCCUAUAGUGAUGUGCUGCAGUACCUGACCAAACUAGAGCUAUUUGGAAACAACAUUGAGAACGAAGGGGUAAAACACCUUUCCAAAAGCAAGUACAUGCAAAGACUACGAUAUUUGGACCUGUGUAACAAUAACAUUACCGCGGCUGGUGUGGUAUCAUUGGCUACAAGUUUCUCCAUGAAAAAUUUGCGAUAUCUGAACUUGGAUGACAACUCAAUAGGAUGUGAAGGCCUUAUAUCAAUUGCUUCAAGCCAUUGCUUGAAGAAUUUAGUCACUCUCAGUUUGGAGGGAUGUAUGAUUGGCAACGACGGAGUUAUUUCCUUAGCCAAAAGCUCGUGCAUGCAGAAUCUUAAAUCUCUUAGAUUGCAUAACAACAAUAUAAGCACAGCUGCUGCCUCUGCAUUAGCUUCAAGCAAAUAUCUUACGAACUUGAUCGAAUUGAAUGUUCAAUGUAAUAAUAUUGGAAUCAAGGGAAUUUGGGAAAUUGCCACGAGUCCCUAUUUGCAAAAUUUGCAACAGUUGCACUUGGAAGGAAAUAACAUUACAGAAAAGAAGGAAGUGGAAUUGUUUUUAAGAGAGCACUUAAAGAAAGUCAAUGAUGUGUUAUUGUAA